UGGCCAUUACUUUCUCUGGCCCCAGUGAUCCCAACAGCUCUCCAUGAUCUCCAUGCUGUUGUUACUCCCAGUCCCAGAACCUGGAAAGCCAACCUGAAGGCCUGUCACUUUGUGUCUGUCAUUUGUGCUCUUCUAUCUCAAACAAAGGCAGUUCCUCAGUUGGAUUUUUUUUCUUCACAUUUGUGUUUCAGUCGCGGGUUCUCCAUGUGCAUUGGUUUGUCGAGGCACACUGUUUUUCUCUUUCCUUUUGUCGCCUGCCUCAUUUUACCCUUUGCCAGGGACUUACCAACUAGUGUACCAUCUGGAUUUUACCACCGGCCCCUGAUCACUGUGUCAAUUUAGCUUUAUUGUAGUAUUUGGUUCAAAGAAGAAGAAAGAAAACAUUUCUCCAUCAUGGCUUCUUUUAAGUUGGAUUUUCUCCCCGAAAUGAUGGUGGAUCAUUGCUCUUUGAAUUCUAGUCCUGUUGGGAAGAAGAUGAAUGGUUCUUUGGACCACCCUGAUCAACCAGAUGUUGAUGCCAUUAAGAUGUUCGUGGGACAGAUUCCACGGUCCUGGUCUGAAGAGCAGCUUCGUGAGCUGUUUGAACCUUAUGGAGCGGUCUAUGAGAUAAAUGUUCUCCGAGACCGCAGCCAGAAUCCCCCACAGAGCAAAGGCUGCUGUUUUGUAACGUACUAUACUCGCAAAUCAGCCCUGGAAGCACAGAAUGCAUUGCACAACAUGAAGAUUCUGCCAGGGAUGCACCACCCAAUCCAGAUGAAGCCAGCUGACAGUGAGAAAAACAAUGCAGUGGAGGACAGGAAGCUGUUUAUUGGAAUGAUCUCCAAAAAGUGUAACGAGAAUGACAUCCGACUGAUGUUCUCACCAUACGGACAGAUAGAGGAGUGCCGGAUACUUCGAGGCCCUGAUGGACUCAGCCGGGGUUGUGCAUUUGUGACAUUCACAGCUAGACAAAUGGCCCAGUCAGCCAUCAAGUCCAUGCACCAGACCCAGACCAUGGAGGGCUGUUCAUCACCUAUUGUGGUGAAGUUUGCAGACACUCAGAAGGACAAGGAGCAGAAACGCAUGGCCCAACAACUGCAGCAGCAAAUGCAGCAACUCAGUGCUGCUUCCAUGUGGGGAAAUCUCACUGGGAUCAACAGCCUUGGGCCACAAUACCUAGCACUCUACUUACAGUUGCUGCAGCAGUCAGCCUCCACGGGUAACGCAUUCAACAACCUGCACCCUGUUUCAGGUCUUAAUGCCAUGCAGAACCUGGCUGCUUUAGCAGCAGCUGCAACUGCCACACAGGUCACGCCCACAGGCUCCAGCGCCAUGACAACAUCUAGUAGCCCACUAAGUGCACUAACAAGCUCAGCAGGCUCCUCCCCCACCUCCAGCAGCAACUCAUCAGUGAACCCCAUGGCUUCUCUGGGGGCCCUGCAGUCUCUGGCUGCUGGUGCUGGAGCUGGCCUCAACAUGGGCUCCCUGGCAGGCAUGGCGGCACUGAAUGGCAGCCUUGGCUCUGGAGGCCUGUCUAAUGGCUCAGGAAACACCAUGGAGGCACUGAGCCAGGCCUACUCAGGCAUCCAGCAGUAUGCUGCUGCCACCCUUCCCAGCCUGUACAACCAGAGCUUGCUAUCCCAGCAGAAUGUCUCAGCUGCAGGCAGCCAAAAAGAAGCCAGCGACAGUCGCAGCUCUGGUCCAGAAGGUGCCAACUUGUUCAUUUACCACCUGCCGCAGGAGUUUGGAGACCAGGACCUGCUUCAGAUGUUUAUGCCCUUUGGAAAUGUCAUCUCUGCUAAAGUCUUCAUUGAUAAACAGACAAACCUCAGCAAGUGUUUUGGCUUUGUGAGCUAUGACAACCCUGUGUCAUCACAGGCGGCCAUCCAGUCAAUGAAUGGUUUCCAGAUCGGGAUGAAGAGGCUGAAGGUGCAGCUGAAGCGCUCAAAGAAUGACAGCAAGCCUUACUGAAGGUGUUGAGGCACUGCAGACUUAGUUAGGCAGGGUAGUGUUAUGAUCUCUUCCUGUAUGCCCUAGCAUGUUGAUGUGGCGUCACAGUUCAUCGUCCAGUCCUUGUCUUCUGCGCUUCUCUGAUGCUUCCAAUUUCACCACUGACCUUAUGUUUGGCAUUGAAUACCGAGAGGUUUUGUUUUGUUGUUUCCCAUACGUCCUCUGUGCUGCUAGAGGGGCACUAGAAAGACUGCCCCUGAACAUGUUGGCAAGUUACAUUACAUGUUACAGAAUAUAUUUUUCUAGAACUGGCUUACAUAAUCAUUGGAUUUUUGCAAAAUCAGUUUGACAAGUCUGACCUUUCCCUUAGUUUCGAUCUCCUGUGUUGUGGAGCAUUCCUCCCAGUGCCCCUGUCCUCUGGCGGUGUUGUUUUUUGUGUAAGCAGCAAAUCCCUUGUGUGUGUGUAUAUGUGUGUGUGUGUGUGUGUGUUUGUGUGUCCUGAAUUAGAAACACUUAGUGAUCACAUGUUGUUAGAUAUUAGUAAUUAGGCUAGCUAAGGGUUCGUCUUUGAACCCUUAGCUUAAAUGGAGUUUCUAUUUAAGUGAUGUCAUGAGAAGGUAACAUUUGUUGUCAGUGUAAAGCAUCUGUUUUUAUUUUAAGCCUAUUGAAUUAGAUGAUGCUGUUCUGCUCCUUUGUGUCGAGAAUCAGACCCACAAACCACAGAGGCGAGACUUUUGUUACAAUGUAUUAAGAACGCAUGAUUUUUUUUAAAUAUAUCUGCACUGAAAUUCUUGGCAAAAUG